GGCGUGCGCUCUUGAUGGCAGCUCCAAAAAUACGCAGAGGGGCGGGGGGCAGAGGGGGUGAGAACACCAGACAGGAAGACUGAUCCAGAUCGAUGAGACCGAAGUAACUAACCGUCAUCGCACUUUUUAGCUUCAUAGCUUUUAAUAUUCGUUCAGCCUUCAAGCCUCAUUACGCAUACGGAUCCCCCCCUCUCCUCUCAGACACCGAGAAGAUGCCCAAAUCUUCACCCUGCGCGUCUCCUUGGUCCUCUCUGUGGCUGACAUCUUUUGUUAUUUUGGUGGUGCAGUCGGUGAUCUCUUCCUCGUACUCUUCCUCCUCCACGUAUCAGAGAACCGCAGCUGGCGGGAAGCGUCCGGGCUUCUUGGGGAGGACGCUGGUUCUCCUGGAUGUCAACACCCGCAGUCCGAUCAGAGUCCUCAACGACAACUUCUUAUCGCUGCAGCUGGACCCCGCGAUCAUCAGAGACGGCUGGCUGGACUUUCUGAGCUCCAGACGGCUCGUGACCCUGGCGCGCGGCCUGUCUCCUGCCUUUCUGCGCUUCGGCGGAAAACGAACCGACUUCCUGCAGUUCAACAACCAGAAGAACCUCGCCAAGUUCAGGGGCCCCGGUCCAGACUACUACCUGAAGAACUACGAGGACGAUAUAGUGCGCAGUGACAUUGCCCUGGACAAACAGAAAGGCUGCAAACUGGCCCACCAUCCUGACAUCAUGCUGGAGCUGCAGAGGGAGAAGGCUGCCUCCACACAGCUCGUCCUCCUCAAAGAGCAGCUCUCCAACAUCUACAGCAACAUUACAAUAACAGCCAGGUCUUUAGACAAACUGUACAACUUUGCCGACUGCGCUGGUCUGCACCUGAUCCUGGGGCUCAACUCGCUGCACAGAAACCCAGACAACUCCUGGAACACAUCCUCCACACUGAGCCUCCUGAAGUACGGUGCUGGAAAGAAGUACAACAUCUCCUGGGAGCUGGGCAACGAGCCUAAUGCCUACCGGAGCAUGGUGGGUCGUGCCGUCAACAGCACCCAGCUGGCUCAGGACUACGCCAAGCUACGCACCCUCCUGCAGUCUGUACGCUACUACAACCGAGCUCACCUCUACGGCCCGAACGCCGGACGACCCCGGAAGAAUGCAGUCCUCCUGCUGGAUGGGUUCAUGAAGAACGCCGGCUCAGUUAUAGAUGCAGUUACGUGGCAACAUUAUUUCAUGGAUGGAAGAGUAAAAAAAGCAGAGGACUUCCUAAAGACUCGUCUAUUGGACACACUGACAGAACAGAUUACAAAAGUCACCAAGGUUGUUAGCACACAUACUCCAGGGAAGAAGGUGUGGCUGGGUGGACUUGGAGCAGCAUGGGCCGGAGGCAUAAACAAUCUCUCUGAGACGUACGCUGCAAGCUUUCUGUGGAUGAACACGCUGGGUGUGGCCGCUGUGCAGGGCAUUGAUGUGGUUUUGCGGCACUCUUUCUUUGACUAUGGAUACACACAUCUUGUGGAUCAGCAUUUUAACCCUUUACCUGACUACUGGCUUUCUCUGGUCUUCAAACGCCUUGUUGGUCCGAGGGUUUUAGCCGUCCGCGUGGCUGGACUCCAGAGGAAGCCCCAACCAGGGCGAGUCAUUCGGGACAAGCUACGCAUCUAUGCCCACUGUACGAGCUACUACAAUCCUAACUACAUGAGAGGCUCCAUAACAAUCUACAUAAUCAAUCUACAUCGGUCGAGGAAGAAAAUCAAGCUGGCAGGAACGUUACGGAACAGGACCGUCCAUCAGUACCUGCUGCAACCCCACGGCGAGGGUGGACUCAGAGCCAGACAUGUGCAGCUGAACGGGGAGAAGCUCCUGAUGGGCAACGACGAGACAUUCCCAGAGCUCAAGCCUAAAAUUCUGCGUGCUGGACGGACAAUAGCCAUGCCUCCAAUGACCAUAGGUUUUUAUGUCCUCAAAAACAUUAAUGCAUACGCUUGUCGGAGAUAACGACUAUUCGUUCAGGUGCGCAGAACCUCCAUGAGUUCUCCGAACUCACGGCUGAAUAACCAAAUCAGCGGAGGAGAUGGACACCUUAGCAGCGCAGACGCAUGGAAACGCCCCGAUUCUCUGGCUGAAGAGCAGCCGGCUAACAACGAGAUUGUUGUUCUUUUGAGAAUAUUUAAACCACCCUUCCCAGUUUUAAAUAAAGCCCACGUCCUGUCCUCUCUUCCAAACAAGACUUUCUCACUAUGAUGCAUAUGAAGGACCUGUCUGCUGGACACGACUUCUUUUCACCAGCAGUUCCUCAAAAGCUACAAGACUUUAUGUGAUAACUUAUUGUUUUUGGACUUCGAUGGCAUUUUCAGUUUGUGGUGCACAAAAUGGCAACAGUAUAAACAUUGUUUGGUUUAGCCAGGUUGUAUUUUCUUCUCUUUAAUUGUCCUUUUUUUAACCACCAAUCUUUGACUCGCUGAAGGAAAACCCAGACACCGCGUUUCUGCCCUGGCCUAGAUAUCUCAGCCUCUACUAACUCUGUACUGUGUGUUUAUAUACUUUUUAAAUGACUUGAUAAAGCUACUGAUGUGUCUACUAAAAGCAUUUUCCCCUUUGUCUUCAAAAGGCUUGCGUUGAAAGUGAUUGUUUUGUGUCCUUUUUGCGUUAGUGAUGCAAGGUUUCCUUUAAUCUGAAGCGUUUGGUAUCAGUGAUGUUGUUCCAACUUUGUGGAGGAAAGGCUAAGGAAGAAUAUGAAGCACGCUUGAAGCUGGGUUGACCUAAAAACUUCUUAAAUCCCGGUUUUUCAGGUACAUUUUAUAAGCCUUUUCCAUUUAUAUUUUAUAUUCCCUUACUCUUUUAAUGCUGCUAGGUCCCUUUUGUAUGGAAUAUACCUUUGUACAGAUUUACUGUCAGAUAUUUUUAGAUUAUGUAUUGUACAUAAAAAAAUUAUAAAGGAGAUUUAAGCUUGAUAUGUUAGAUUCAGUAUACAUUUAAUUUAUGACAAAAAAGAUCUAUUAUAUUUCUAACAUUGAAUGUCUAAUGGUGUUUGCGGCUCUAAUGGCCUGUUUUUAAAGAAAACAUUAAUGCCCUUUAAGUUUUUCAUCAUUUGUCACUUGUACACCUCAAAUGCCCAUGUACAGUCAUAUUCAAUAAAUUAGAAUAUACACUGGAUGAGGUGUGUUUGUCUGAUUAAAGGUACGUUUUGAAAAUGAAACUUUUAAGCUGGUAUUAAACAAACAUUUCACUAAGCCCACAUUUCUGUGUUGAAAAUGUUUUUGAUUAGCCUGAUUUAACAUUUUAAGAUUGACAUUUCAUGUUUUCAGUAGCUGUAAGCAGAAAAUUAUCACAAUUAACAGAAAUAAAGGGUUGAAGACAUCAAUAUGUGUGUAAUAAAUCUGUUUAACUUAAAUUAAUUAACUUUACAGUAAUAUUUUGAUUCAUUGAAUAUGAGUGUAUGACUGUAUUUUAUUAUGACGUUGUGUCACAGACCAAUGUAAAUGAAUGCAUUACUGUAAAGGGCAAAGAAAAUGCUUUUUUUAUAUAUAAAUACAGUUGUGAAAAGUG